CCUCUGGCUAGUUCAGGUACAAGGCCAGACAAGGCCCUCCCCAAGGAGCAGGUAAGGAGCGGUAGCUCUACCCUUUCCAGCAGCAGGAGGCACCAUCCGCCUGUCUGCCAGGACAUUUUGGCGGGGUCAGUGCUCCAACAUAGUGCCUGUCCUUGUUUUCCCUGGAGAAGAAGGACCUUUGCAUUUCCCCUCCCCCUGCCUUUCAUGUGUGGAUCUGAUACAGUCCCUACAUCCCUCGAGCUUCUUUCCCAGGCAGUGAUAUUUGUGCAGGCUCUGUCAUGGUGCUGUGAUCACCACCCUGCACUGGGAUAGACUUAUCGGGGCUCAUCUCCAGCUUCGUGCCUGUGGAGGUCUGUUAGCCAUACCUGUGGGACUUGGAUUCUUCCACCUCCCCGCUUUUCCACACACUGAAGCCUCCGGCUGCCUUUGUCCCAGGCCAGUACAGGAGACUAGCAGGGCUUUCCCCAUGCCAGCAGCACCAGGGCUCACCUGUGCAUCUUUUCCCCACCCCACAGGUGCUGGGACUCUGAGCAGAGCUGAACAGCAGCCUCCUGAGGAGGGACCUGUAAACCUGGAGCUGCAGAGGACUUCCCAAGGAUGUCGGGAGGAGAGAGGCUCCCUGACACCUGAGCCAGGCCAAGUGCAGAGGCGGCAGAGCAAACCUCCGAAGCAGGGGGAGAGCUUGGAGCUCCAGGAGGUGUUUCAGGACGUGGCUGUGUAUUUCACACGGAAGGAGUGGGAGCUGCUGGAAGAUGAGGACAAGGUGCUUUACCGGGACCAGAUGCUGAGGAAUUUUCAAGCCCUCGUCUCCCUGGGACAUCGAGGUCCCACACCCGACUUAAUCUGCCGCAUCCAGCGAGGAUUGGUGGAGCUGUGGGUCUGUGAUGAUGAGGAUGGUGGGGAAAUCUCCAGGUCAGAGGAGCUGCUGCCAGGAAGUGCCUGGCUCCUCAGAGAAGCUAAGGAGGAAACUCCUGUGGAAGGGCCUGCGGAUCCGGAGUCAACAUGGACUUCCCCUGGGAGUUUGGGUGAGAUGGACUCCCUGAGACCUGAGGAGGAGCAAUGGCCCAAGAGUCAGGGGAGACCCCAGAAGCAGAUGAAAAAUGUAGCCGUGAACCAGUACCGACGCAUCCACCUGGGCAGAAGGACACACCGCUGCACUGAGUGCAGGAAGAACUUCAUCUGCUGGCAAGACCUGUCCCAGCACCAGUGUGUGCAGCACCGCGAUACCAAGUGUGGGAAAAGGUUCAAGCUCUCCAACCUGGUCAGGCACCAGUGCAUGCACAGAAGGGAGAAGCCACAUGAGUGCUCAGAGUGUGGGAAGAGCUUCACUCAGGCCUGUGACCUUUCCCGACACCACCUCAUCCACACAGGAGAGAAGCCACAUCAGUGCUCAGAUUGUGGGAAGAGCUUCACCCGAUCCUCUAACCUGGCUCGGCCCCAUCGUAUCCACACAGGGGAGAAGCCACAUCAGUGCUCAAUGUGUGGGAAGAGCUUCACCCGUUCUUCUAACCUGGCCCAGCACCAGCGCAUCCACACCGGGGACAAGGCACAUCAGUGCUCAGAGUGUGGGAAGAGCUUCACCCAAUCCUCCAACCUGGCCCGGCACCAGCUUGUCCACACAGAGAAGAAACCACAUCAGUGCUCGGAGUGUGGAAAGAGCUUCACUCUGUCCUCCAGCCUGGCCCAGCACCAGCUCAUUCAUAUGGGAGAGAAGCCACAUCAGUGCUUGGAGUGUAGUAAGAGCUUCACACUCUCCUCCAGUCUGACUAAGCACCAACAUAUCCACACAGGGGAAAAGCCAUAUCAGUGCUCACAGUGUGGUAAGAGAUUCGCUCACUCCUUCAGCCUGGUUCAGCACCAGCGUAUCCACACAGGAGAAAAGCCGUAUCAGUGCUUGGAGUGUGGGAAAUGCUUCACCCAAUCCUCCCAGCUGGCCCAGCACCAGCCUGUGCACAUGGAGGAGAAGCCACACCAGUGCUCGGAGUGUGGUAAGAGCUUCACUCUCUUCUCCAGCCUGGCUAAGCACCAACGUAUCCACACAGGGGAGAAGCCUUAUCAGUGCUUGGAGUGUGGUAAAAGGUUCACUCAGUCCUCCACCCUGGUUCAGCACCAGCGUAUGCACACAGGAGAGAAGCCACAUCAGUGCUUGGACUGUGGGAAGAGCUUCUCUCGCUCCUCCAGGCUGGCCCAGCACCAGCUUAUCCAUACUGGGGAGAAGCCACAUCACUGUGCGGAGUGUGGGAAGAGCUUCGCUCGCUCCUCCUACCUGGCCCAGCACCAGCUUAUCCAUAAAGGGGAGAAGCCACAUCAGUGCUCAGAGUGUGGGAAGAGCUUCACUGUCUCCUCCAGCCUGGCUAAGCACCAGCUCGUCCACACAGGAGAGAAGCCACAUCAGUGCUCGGAGUGUGGGAAGAGCUUCACUCUGUCCUCCAGCCUGGCUAAGCACCAGCUCGUCCACACAGGAGAGAAGCCACAUCAGUGCUCGGAGUGUGGGAAGAGCUUCAUUUACUCCUCCAGCGUGGCUAAGCACCAGCGUAUCCACACAGGAGAGAAGCCACAUCGAUGCUUGAAGUGUGGGAAGAGCUUCAUCCAGUCCUCCCACCUGUCUGAGCACCAGCUCGUCCACACAGGGGAGAAGCCGCAUCAGUGCUCAGAGUGUGGGAAGUGUUUCGCUCGCUCCUCCGACCUGGCCCGGCACCAUCGUAUCCACACAGGGGAGAAGCCACAUCGAUGCUCGGAGUGUGGGAAGAGCUUCACCUUCUCCUUCCAGGUGGCCCGGCACCAGCUUAUUCACACAGAGAAGAAACCACAUUGAUACUCGGCGUGUGGGAAGUGCUCCCCUCACUCCUCCACACUGACCAAGUACCAAUGUAUCCAUAUCCAGGAGUAUCCAUAAUUCUUCCAGCAAUGCUGGAAGGGUUUGGGGAUGUAUACCUGCUCUGCCCCCACCAG